CGCACACCGCAGCGAAGGACCCACUUUUGGAAACAAAGAACGAAGAUGUCUUGCAUCUCUGCAUCCGCCGCGACCUGCCGCGUGGCGCCCGCCGUCCGCGGCCAGCGCUUCAACAAGCGCGCCGCGACCGUCGCUCCCAGGGCCCACAACAGGCGCGCCCUCGCCAUCCAGGCCGCCGUCGACCUCAACGCGGUGACCUUGGCCGACACCAAGCGCAAGUUCGUGGAGUCGUACCCUUACCCGAUCCCGUCCAUCUGGUCCGUCGCCGUCAACGAGCUCCUCGCGAACCAGCACUUCGUCCGGUACAGCACCAGGUACAGCUACUCCAAGCUCUCCUCCCUCGGAUUCGUGUCCGUGUACGACCAGCUCUUCGAGGGCUUCCCGUCGGACGAGGAGAAGGCUAAGAUCUUCGACUGCUUCGUCGAGGCGCUCGGCGAAGAUCCCGAGAAGUGCAGGAAGGACGCGGCGGAGCUCGCCAAGUUCGCCAAGGAGGCUGGCGGCGUCGACGCGCUCCUCGCGUCCCCGGUCCUCGCGGAGAUCAAGUCCAACGGCGAGGCGAACAAGUUUGCGUACUCGCGCUACGACGCAAUCGGACUCUUCCGCAUGCUGGAGCUGGGCGGCGCCACGGAGCCCGCCGCGCUCGAGAAGCUCGCCGACGCCGCGGGGCUCAAGCUCAAGAAGGUGAACGGGGAUCUCGGCAUGUACAAGGGCCUCCUGUCCAAGCUCGCGGCGGCGAAGGAGUUGCAGAAGGAGAUCUUCGAGAGGGAGAAGAGGAAAACCGCGGAGCGUCUCGCGAAGAAGGAGGCCGCGAACGACGCCACCGCGUGAUCGGAGACGAGUCGGAGAUGCGAGAUGGAUGAUUCUUUUUUUGUCUCGGUCGCCCGAGAGGUGGGGUUGGUUCGAUCGAGGGGGUUGGUUGGUGGUUCGAGGGGUUUGGCUGGGUUAAGGGUGUAAACCCGUGUACAUUCCCGGGGAGAUCGGCGGGAAAGACCGUCCGUCCGGGAGGCUCCUUAGUUUGUUCGUUUAGGCACGCUGCUCAGAAAUAUUAUUACCAGAACAUCAUCG